AUGGAGAACAAUGAAAACCCAGUGGAUUCAAAAUCCAUUAAAAAUUUUGAACCAAAGAUCAUACAUGGAAGCAAAUCAAUGGACUCUGGAAUAUCCUUGGGCAAUYAUUACAAAAUGGAUUAUCCUGAAAUGGGUUUAUGUUUGAUAAUUAAUAAUAAGAACUUUCAUAAAAGCACUGGAAUGGCCUCUCGGUCUGGUACAGAUGUAGAUGCAGCAAACAUCAGAGAAACAUUCAUGAACUUGAAAUAUGAAGUCAGGAAUAAAAAUGACCUUACACAUGAAGAAAUUGUGGCGUUAAUGCACGAUGUUUCUAAAGAAGAUCAUAGCAAAAGGAGCACCUUUAUUUGUGUAAUUCUAAGCCAAGGUGAUGAAGGAAUAAUAUUUGGAACAAAUGGACCUGUUGGCCUGAAAAAAUUAACGAGUUUCUUCAGAGGAGAUUAUUGUAGAAGUCUAACUGGAAAACCCAAACUUUUCAUUAUUCAGGCCUGCCAGGGUACAGAACUAGACUGUGGCAUUGAGACAGACAGUGGCAUUGAUGAUGACAGGGCAUGCCACAAAAUACCAGUAGAGGCUGACUUCUUAUAUGMAUAUUCUACAGCACCAGGUUACUAUUCCUGGCGAAAUUCUAAGGAUGGAUCCUGGUUCAUCCAGUUACUGUGUGCUAUGCUGAAACUGUAUGCUCAUAAGCUUGAGUUUAUGCAUAUUCUCACUCUGGUAAAGGUAGCAACAGAAUUUGAGUCUUUUUCCCUUGACUCCAUUUUUCAUGCAAAGAAACAGAUUCCAUGUAUUGUGUCCAUGCUCACAAAAGAACUGUAUUUUUAUCCCUAAAGAAAUAGUUGAUUUUGUUAGUUUGUAUGCCAAGUGAGAAAACAAUAUAAGUAAUACUUUGUUUCCUCUCCCACUUAAAUUUUAUCUAAAGAUGGUACUUUGAAACAUACCACUUCUGCAAUAGAAUCACAAUGAAGCUACCUCAAAAAUGGGUAGUUGGACUUGAGUUUAAUUAGGAAUAAAUAAAUAUGGAUAAUGGUGCAAUUAUUAUGAGAGGAAAUUAUUGUAAAUUUACAUCUUUCAUAAUUCAUAAGAUUUAGUGAUGCCAUGCUAUGAAUUUUCAAWAAUUUAUGAAGAUUAAAUGUUUCAGUAAUGAUGAAUUAUAAUAUUUUCCUCCACAUACUUAAGACUGUGCAUUCUAAUUU